AAGAACUUCGAAGACAUAGGGACACGUUUGCAGCAGAAAAUGUUAUGGAUCAUUUGUGGUUUUGAUCCGAGAUGAUCACUGAUACCAACUAGCUACGUAAGUAUUUUUUUUGAGCAAGGAGUAGUCUAGUUGUCCUGUACUUGUUUUUCGAGAUGCUGCGCAGGCAUCUGUGUCGAAAAAUUGAUUGCACCUCUAUCAGGGGACAUGCUCCGCUUUCUUCAGCUCCACAAGGGCGAAGCAUUCUCUAUCUCUAGUACUUGAAUGACCUUUAUUUUUUUGUAACAUACUACCUCAACCUCUCUAACCACAAUUUUGAAGACGAAGUUCCUGAGGAAAUUCCAGCAGUGUAUUGUUUUGGGGAUCCGGAGGCGCGACUACGCGUACAAGACUGGAAAGAAAGGAUGAGCCCUGCAUCAAGGAGAAGCGCUAGGAGUGAAUCACCAAAAAGCACACGUAUUUUUCUCUUUACGUGCUUUGGAGGACAGGGGGAUUCCCUGUCUAGGAGUGAUUCAGGAAGAAAAGAUUUUUGAUCGACCACUGAUUUUUUUAUUUUUGAUAGCCGUUGCUCGAUGAUCGAGUGACGAUAUCGUGUAAGUAUUUCUGAAUCCGUUUAUGUACUAGUGUUGGGGGACUGUUUCAACGCUUCUGUCUUAAAGUUCUACUUCUAGAGAAUCUUAUAUGCUGAUCUUCACAGGUCAAUCCUCGCGUGGCUCCCCGAUGCCUCCGGAGGCCUUUGGCAGGUCACCGAGCAUAAGGCCACGAUCGGCGGAGCAAUUUGUAGAUUUGAAUCCGGAUGAAAUAUAUGAAAGGGCAAAAGAAAAACUCAAACGCGUGAUGUUUCACGAUUCACCGACAGGAGCGUCUCCAUCUUCAAAGACCGGACAACUAAAAGUUGCCGGACUCUACCCUGGAAAACGGUAUUGCUGAUUUCUCGUUGCAUUUGCCAUUCCGGAUGAAGAAGUUCAAAAAGACUGAGAUUUUUGUUUUUGAUUGAUUAGGCCCUAAGGACGAUAGAUACACAUACAAGUGUAAUAAUCCUUUCACCCAAGAAGAGUCCCACAUGAUCAGGUGCCCAGACGAGGAUAUUGAUGCAUCGAUGCGAAGAUGGGUGUCUAGAAAGACAUCGAAGGGGGAGAGCAGCAACAACAAGAGGAAACGAAAAUUAGACUCGAC